AUGAGUUGGCGAUCAGAACAUAUAUGGAUAGAACUUCUACCAGGGUCUCGAAAAAUAAGUAAUUUCUGCUGGGCUUUUAUCCUUUUUUUAGGUUCAUUAGGAUUCUUAUUAGUUGGAAUUUCCAGUUAUCUUGGUAGAAAUUUGAUAUCGUUUUUUCCAUCUCAGCAAAUCAUUUUUUUCCCACAAGGGAUAGUCAUGUCGUUCUACGGAAUUGCGGGUCUCUUUAUUAGCUCCUAUUUAUGGUGUACUAUUUCUUGGAAUGUAGGUAGUGGUUAUGAUCUAUUCGAUAGAAGGGAAGGAAUAGUGUGUAUUUUUCGUUGGGGAUUUCCUGGAAGAAAUCGUCGCAUAUUCCUCCGAUUCCUUAUAAAGGAUAUUCGGUCUGUUAGAAUAGAAGUGAAAGAGGGGAUUUAUGCUCGUCGUGUCCUUUAUAUGGACAUCCGAGGCCAGAGGGCCAUUCCUUUGACUCGUACUGAUGAGAAUUUGACUCCAGGAGAGAUUGAAAAAAAAGCUGCUGAAUUGGCCUAUUUCUUGCGCGUACCAAUUGAAGUAUUUUGA